UAAAUGUUGUAGAGGCAUUACAAGAAUUCUGGCAAAUGAAGGCGUCCCGCGGUGCUGAACUGAAAAAUGGUGCUUUAGUUGUAUAUGAAUCUGUGCCCGCAUCUAGCCCUCCAUACGUUUGCUUCGUCACACUUCCUGGAGGGAGCUGCUUUGCUAGUUUUCAGAAUUGUCCCACUAAAGCAGAGGCGAGACGAAGCGCUGCCAAGAUCGCACUCAUGAACUCUGUGUUCAACGAACACCCAUCCAGAAAAAUAUCAGACGAGUUUAUUGAAAAAGCAGUUGUUGAUGCAAAAUCAUCUUUUAAGGGAGGUCCCAAUGAUGACCAUAACCCAAGUACAAGUAUUGGUGCAUUCCGCUUUAUGUUGGACUCAAACAAAGGAAAAUCCAUGCUGGAGUUUCAGGAACUUAUGACAGUAUUCCAGCUCCUACACUGGAACGGUAGCCUAAAAGCCAUGCGGGAACGCCAGUGCUCCCGUCAGGAGGUCUUAUCCCACUAUUCUCAUCGAGCGCUAGAUGAUGACAUGCGUAGUCAGAUGGCGCUGGACUGGAUCUCACGAGAGCAGGAGUCAUCUGGUGCCAUUAUGAGGGAGCUGGAGGUAUCAGAUCAUGAGAUCGAGGCAGCACGUCUGGCUGGGCGAGAGCUCCGCUUCCCGAAAGAGAAGAAAGACAUCUUGAUGUUAGCCUGCAGUCAAAUGGGACCUAUCUAAUCUUAAGCGUUUAUAGAGAGUAUAUAUUUUUUAUUCAGUAUACACGUCCAUUUUUUGCAAGAUAUUUGCUUGCUUUGCUAGAUUUAAAAGAUUAUCUAGAUUUUAACAACUGUACAUAAAGUAUAUUAGUUAAUGCAUGAAAAUGUGUUAAAUUAUUAUAGAGCAGUAUUUAUAUUGCAGUGUUUUCAAUUUUAGAUUGGAUCACUGAAGCGGGGAGUUAUUUUGUUGAGGCAUGGCUAAAUUAAUAAUUCUGGCUUUGGUCAGUUUCUCUUAUUCUGGUACUGGUGGGUGUUUGCCAUAUGGCAGUUAUAUGACCAAUGAUAGUAUAUCAUUUGAACCAAGAAUAAGGAAUACUUUAUUGUCAUUGAUCAACAUGAACAAUGAAAUUUGUUUUGACAUGUGACAUUCGUUGACCAAUGAUAGUACUUCCAUGUACUUAAUGCUAUUGUUUUAGCAAGGGGGGGGGGGGGUGUGCGGAUUUUUCUAAAUGGUACAAUAUUUUGUAACAACAUAUACUGAACACGAAUCAUACCAUUAAUUGAUACUGUACAAUUAUAUUACAUCUAUGCCUACAUGAAAUUGGUGCCCCCCCUCCCCCGCAUUUCAAAAUUCUGGAUCCUUCCCUGUUUACUGUCUGUUCUUUUGCUUUUUGCUUAAACCAGUUUGCCAAACUGGUUGCGGUAACCGUCACAUGCUACGAAAUGAUAUAUGGGAUUUGCUUUCAUAUACAUGCCACAGCCUCUUACAUUCUCUUCUUUACUUCCUCUGCUAACUGACAAAUGAUGCUCAGUUGGAUUUUAAUUUAAAUCGGACUAUGCACAAAUAGUUUUACCCUAAGGUUAUACAGCCAAAUAUUGGGAAUGCUAUUUUGUAUAGCAGCAACUAAUUACAGCACCACAUACCGACAUGCAAUCAGUUGUGUUAUUAUAAAAAUACUUUUUUCUGAUCGCCAAGAUAAUAUUUUUUUUCUACUUGCAUUUUCAUGACCAAAGAUGAAUGUUUGUAAACAAAUCUUUAUGUAACCUGGUUUUUUUUCUUGGCAGUAAAAAAUACAAAAUCUCCCAAAAUAAAAAUAAUAUUUAUCUUGCCAUACAAACAAAGAGUAGAUGCUCUUUUUUGGGUUAGUGGUUGAAAUUAUUUUGAAAAUCCUGUAACAAUUAAUAUGGUAUUGCACAAAUUUGAAUAGGUAGUUAUAAAAUGCAUUAAAUGUAUGUUUGUUUUGUGUGUUUACAUGUGUUUUUUAAUACAAAAAAAUAACCUUGAUACUGUAUGUCUCUUACAAACAAUGUAACAGAUUUUAUUUUAAUGUUGCUGGACACAUUAUGGAUUUUGGUGGUUAGAAUUUAAAAAAAAAAGUUUCGGUAUAAAAGUUGCAUUAAAUAAGUAUUCCCAAUUUAAAACAACAACCCAAGUUAAAUUUUCAGAUAAACUUUUAUACUGUACUGUAUAUUACAGUAUAUUGAUUUAUUAUAAAACAGUGAUUUUGAAUUUUGUUCCUGUAAAUUGUCACCAUUUUUUUUUUCAGACAUGCUUUCAUUUUUGUUUAAACUGUAGUCAGACUUGCUUUAACAAAACAUUAUUCAUACCUUUCCUCUCAUUGGCCAUAAAUCCAUUUGAUCUUUUUUUUUAUUACAAAGGUCCAAGGCAUAAUGUGUUUUGAUAGCAUCUAUUUAUCAUAUGCUGACAGGAUUUUAGUCAAAGAAUCAUUACAGCGCCCUCAAGUGGUGAGAGAGCUCUGUGACCUUAGCUUUUAUGUAUUUCUCAGAAACAGACACUGAAAGUUCUACAAUAUAAAAUACAAUUUUAAAAGUGAAUAGCUGCAUGGAAGUAAAAAAGCCCUCAUUACUAACUACUUGUAAUCCCAUAUCAAUGUUUUAAUGUCUUGUAAUUUGAAUGACUUUCAAAAUUUCUGAAAUUCAUGUCAGUUUCAUUUGAAAUGGUAGAAAUUUUUACAUGUGAAAUGUAUUAGUUAAAAUUUAAUACCUGAAAUCUUAUCUGUUUUGCUAUAGUUUAUUUUUUGUUGUUGUUAUAGUAAUUAUUAUUAUUUUAAUAUAUUUUCCUUGCAUAUCUAAUAAUAUUUAAUUAAUUAUAAUUUGUUUUCCAGAUAGGAUAUCUUUAAUUAGAGCUCUUAUAUUAUGAACUUUACAUUAAAAUUUCAGUUUAAUUUAUCCAGAAUUGUCAUUCCCACCAUCUUGAAAAUUGUCCAGAUGUUAAUUGCAAUACUGUACUUGUUUAAUCAACUAUUUCUUAUUAAAGAAGCUGAUUUUUAAAGAAGUUGAUUAUGAACCUGCAGAAUUAUCUUGUGUUUUAACCCCAUUAUUAAGUAUAUUUAAAAAUACACUUGUAAAUAAUUGUAUGUAGCAGAAUUUCAUGAAAGGAUG